AUGUGCUGUCUGCUUAUUAGGUCACACUGUGUUCUGAUUCUCAGCAAGGUGAUAGUGAUUUGCCUUCUCUCGAUCAUCCCGUGGCCGGGCCCGAGUGUGUUCAAAAUAUCAUGCUCCCGCGACAGCUCGCGCGUCGUGCGCAAGAUCGUGCACUCGCGCUGGCUGCCGAUACUGGAGAAGUACCAGGUGAAACUGCCGCUCGACUGCCCGUUCCACCCGCUGCGCGACAUCUUCGGCCCGCAGCAGAGCGCCAAAAAGCAGCACCGCCCGUCGCAGUGGACGUGCGGGUUCUGCGGCAAGAGCUUCUUCGAGGAGCAGCACCUCGAGAACCACUUCGAGAACCGGCAUAGAGGCAACAUCAACACGGCCGAGGACGCGAUCUGCCUGGCCGACUACUGCGACAUGAUGCGGUGCGAGGUGCUGAUCGCUAAGGACGCGACGCUGGCGUUCGGCGGUGACCCGAACGCGGUCAGCACCGACAUCGAGGUGUGGAGCGAGGCGACCGCCUACCGGACAGCGUUGACGGCGGCCGGCCCACGAGAUCUGGCCAAGGUUCCGGAGAGCCGGAAGUCGCUACUGCCGAAGAUGCUGCAAACCCUCAGGGACGACGUGUUCCGGGAUCGAAAGCCAGCGCCCGUGACAACGGUGGGGAGCCUGAAAGGUGCGGUCAACUGCGGGGCGCGAAGUUUGGCCGCGAAAGCGAAACGGGGUUCCACCAAAAGUUCGCCGAGCAGCGGCGACGAUAAGGAAGCGAAUGAUCAUGUGGUCGAGGACGACGUUGAGGAUGAGGAUGAUGAUGAUGACGACGACGAGGACGACGAGGACGAUGACGAGGAGGAGUCCAGCAACGCCACGUCGCAGUGUGAUCAGCAUCUGGUCGACUCGUCACUGCCGCCGGUCGACCGGAAGCAGCAGCGCCUGUCGGAAAUGCAACGCCUGAAGGCGAACUGCAACGCGGACGAGAUCGGUCAGCUGAAGACGCGCUGCGAAAUCCUCGUCCGGGACUGCAUCGUAGGGUUGCUGGUGCAGCUGUCACACGACGACUUUCGCAGCAUGGAGGAAGAGCUGAACCGGGCCGUCUGCUGGUAUCUGACCUGCGAGCGGUACUGGGAGGACGGCCCCCUCGAUCAGCGGCCCUUCCCCUGGGGUCUGGUCUUCGUCCUGGUGAUGGUGCUGUCGAUGGGCGUGUGCCUCUGUUACUACAUCAUCUGGAUACUGUUCGACAGUGAAGAUUUCAGUCCCUCCCAGGGUCCAGCGGCAGGUGGCAGCACCAGGACCAUCGGUGACCCGCAUCCGUACGGUGCCGCACACUUGACAUCGUCGGGACACCUCCACCAUGGCGGGCCCGGUCCGGCGGGCCACCAAGGCGGUGGACGGCACUACCUGCAGCCGGUCUCGUCCGGCGGUGCGUCCGGUAUCUACCGGCUCGCGGACGGCGGUCACUCGACGGCCAGUUUGAGCAAUCUGACGGCGGUCAGUGCGGUCGGCGGUGGCACCGGCAACGAUCUACUGCACACACCCCAGAUCCAUGUCUCACCCGGUCCGUCCUCCUCCUCGAUGCUGUACUCGUCGGCGACGGCGGACGAGGGAGGCUACGGUUACGCAUCCAGCGGGAACGGGCCACGGUCCAGCGAAGCGUCCUCAUCGCUGGUGGCGUCCGGAUCGGCGGCGACCCUCGCUGCAGGCGGCGGCAGUACGGCCGGCACCGGUUCCGGUACCGGCGAGUUCGGCUCGGAGCUCGGCCAAAGCGAACACUACAUCUACGUGACGUACCCGCCGGAGCUGAAGCGGCGGCUGCUGGAAAGCUGCUACAAUAGAACAACACGGCUAUGAAAUUGUAGAUGCAAUUGAAUCUGAGAUAAUUUAUAUACAUAAAAAGAUAAGAAUACAAUUAUAGAAAAAAAGAAAGAUAAAUUAGCAAAAUUCUAUCGAAAUAAUAAAAAAAACUAUAACUGUUAGAUCCGCGAGGGAGAGAGAGAGAGAGAAGGGGUAAAAAAGGGAACACGCACGAGUAAUGUGGGACACACUUGUUUCUGCACCGUGGUUUCUAGUGAAGUGCGCAAAGUAGCAUGUAAGAGCGCCAGCCACCGAGGCACGAGAAAGAAGUGUGUGAAAACUAGAAAAAUGUGAAACAACACACACAUAGACACAUAGCAAUGUAGAAGAAAUAAGCAUAAAACUAAUGAUAGAAUAGUGUGCAAUAGUGAGACGGAACUAAAAAUGGCAAACGUGCAAGAACGUGGGUUGCUCUCCGUGCGCGUUGAGAGUCAACGGA